AUGGAAAUCGAACAAUUGGCUAUCCUGAACAAGAUUGUGCUUAACGUUAUAGGCGUACAGAAAAUCAUUACGAUGUUCAGUAUGUACGUAGUUUGCAAAUCCGAUGCCAUCAUUGAUAAGAGAUUUGUAAUACCGAUGGUAACGAAAACGGAAACUAUUCAAUCAACCUUAGUUGCAGAUGUUAUUACCCUCGAAAAUCUGAGUGUCCGUGAUUUACUUUCGGCACUUCUAGUUAAUCGAGAUGGUACCAAGUCGCCGUUCCAAUGUAUUGGAAAGCUCCAUUCAGUUAUACAAAGAGAAGGAGUAGGCUGCACUAAAAAUUUACGAAUUGUUUCGAGGAAGCAGUACACUUCUAGGAACGAAAGAAAAUUCUGCGCGGGUGCAGUUCAAGAGACUUCGGUGCUUUAUGAUUAUCCAUUGUUUCUCAAAGAACUCAAUUAUACAAAUCUACCAGAAUUAGGAGAACUGGCUGUAGAAACACUUCAAAUGCUAACAAAUCGUGGAAUUCGUCUGAUGACUUUUGUUAUGGAUAACACCGGUACAAAUAGUGAAACAUUUUAUGGAAUAUGGACAGCACUACGCUUUGCCCCUAUAUUCCAAACGCUCUAUUAUCUUGAGAAACUCUUAUCUGUUCAGCAAUGCCCUUUGAAUCUUCGAUUGGUGUUUCCAAACGGACCUGGAAGAAUGCUAAUUAACAUAUUUCAGUCCCAGAAGUUUAAAUCCUUUAAACAUCUUGAGCUUGUAAGGUGUGACUUCAACGGGUUUGAAUGGAGAUGGCUGGAGAUGUGUCCAAAUUUGACCGAAUUUGCAAUCACAAUCCCACCUCAAACUCAAGUCUCUGACGAAACUUAUCGUUUGAAACUGUCAAAAAAAUCCUAA